AUGGGCCUUCUAGACAAGUUAGCUGGCAAAGCGGGGGGAGGACCGCCACCUUACCAAGGCGGCGGCGGAGGUGGGUAUCCUCCUCAGAACAGCUACCCUCAGCAGGGUGGGUAUCCUCAACAGAGCGGAUAUCCUUCAUCUCCUUCUGCAUACCCCCAAAGCCCUCAGAGCCAGAAUCACGCCAGCAGCGACAACAAGGGUGGAGGAGAUGAUAGGCCGUUGCCAGAGGGUUGGAUCAAGCAAUGGGACAGCAAGUGAGUUUGAAGCGAUCAAGGCGUGACGCAGCAUUAUCCUGUGGUCGGUUCAGAAGGACAUUGGAGUCACGCGCGAUUUGACGGACAUGGUUGCAAUAAUCAUGAGCGCGCUUUUGUGCUGCAAAGGCUUACUGACUGUGCUUCUAUUGGCCCCUCAUGUCUCCUUGCACAGCUACAACCGCAACUUUUUCGUAGACACACGGGCAAAUCCACCGAGGUCGAUUUGGGUUCACCCCAACGACGAAGGAGGCUCAAAUCGCGCGCAGAAUUACGCUCCUCCUUCGGGACCUCCCCCAUCUCAAGGUGGAGGAUACCCUCAACAACAGGUCCCGUACGGCCAACAGCCUCAGUACGGCCAGCAACCGUAUGGCCAACAACCGUACGGCCAGUAUCCUCAGCAGGGGUACCCGCAACAACCCAUGUAUGCGCAACAACCUAUGCAACAAGGCAGAUUUGGUGGAGGUGGUGGCAUGUUUGGCGGAGGAGGAGGCAGAAGACCUGGAGGCGGCUUGGGUGCCGGCGGUGGAGCUGCGCUCGGUCUUGGAGCUGGUAGUGAGUAGAAAUGUGUGGUUCGGACCCGAGUGCAUCGACUGACCUGGCCAUGUUGCUUUGUUCGAUCUCUAGUGCUUGGUGGUGCAAUGCUUGCCAACUCCUUCGACAACGCUCAAGAUGAUGCUUACGCCGACGGUUACAACGACGGUCAGGAUGGCGGUGACUUUGGCGGCGGCGACGAUGGCGGUGGCGACUUCUGA